AUGUUGGCCAGAAUCUCGCCAAUUGAACGAUCGUCUCAACGGCGAUCCGUCAGUUUCGGUGAUGCUCUGUGGUUCCUAUACUGUUCUUUGAUGCAGCAGUCCUCGAUGGUCCCCCGCGGCAUGUCAACUCGUCUGUUGUCAUUGGUUUGGUGGUUAUUCGCCUUGAUGCUAGUUUCAUCCUAUACCGCCAAUCUGGCCGCAACUGCGACGGCAAAGCGCAUGGAGACCCCAAUCGAAGGCGCCGAAGAUUUGUCGAAGCAGUCUCGCAUACGUUACGGUACAUUGAAGAAAGGGUCGACGAUGACUUUCUUUAAAGAAUCAAAGAUAGAGACCUACGAGCGCAUGUGGAAAUCGAUGAGUGAAGAAGGCGGUCGAAGACUGGUAGAAUCGAGUAAAGAGGGCAUUUCAAGGGUACAGCACGAAGAGUAUGCAUAUUUAAUGGAAUCUUCGAUGCUUGAGUAUGCCGUGGAAAGACAUUGCGAUCUGGCGCAGGUGGGAGGUCUGAUCGACCAGAAGGGGUACGGUAUCGGACUACCGAAAGGGUCCCCCUAUCGAGCACAGAUAUCACGCGCCAUCCUCCGAUUACAGGAAAAGACCAUCCUCACCGAGCUGAAAAACAAAUGGUGGAAAGACAAAUCGCAUUCCUGUGGAGCACCAAUGAUGGGCGUCGAUGAAGAUGGAGGACCGGUAGCCGGAUUGGCCCUAUGCUUGCUCGGCGGUCUCGUCUCCUCCACAGUAUUUGCCAUCACCCAAUUCAUCGCUUCGAUCUGGCCGCGCGAUGAGACACCGAUCCAAUCAGCCCCCACAUUGUCCGCUUUACUGUCAGUUGCCGUCCUCGGCAUCAAAGCACCCGGGGAGGUGCGUCGCAAAUUUGGACGACUUGAUGGUGUCGUCGAGGCGGCCGACCUGGAAGUCACCAAUUCUGUAUUGGGCCGACAGCGGACAAAACGCGCCGAGUCCCUGCCGACUAGAAAAGACCGCGUCCGGAAACGGACUCUCACACCGGCAGACAUGAAGGCACUUGGCUUU